AAUCUGAUUCCGGUUCCCGAACUAUGGAACCAAUGGCAAACGAAACAAAAUAUAAACAUCUGUAGAUUGUAGGUUAAAUUGUUUUAUAAUAACAAAUGCAGGAAAUUUUCAAUAAAGAUGAGCAAUCUGUUAAAUUUUGCCCUGCGUCAGGGAGUCAAUUCAAUUAAGCGCCUUAGCUUUACGAGUUUAAGACUGACAGUUCCGACUAUUCUUAGCAAAUCGCCGGUUUCCUCGAUAAAGAAGUUCUCCUCCCAAACAGCCCCAUUCGAUGUGAACACCAGUGUGCCCAAGGACAUAAUACUCUUCAAGUAUGAGAAUCCAAACUUUUACAAGAUGCUGAACUUUUUCGGCAUUUGUCAGUUUGUUUUCUGGACAUAUCUCUCGCAUUUUGCCUUUACUACGCUGAAGGAUGCGCCGGUGGUGGAGAAACCCGGCGAGGAUCUAAAGUGGUUCCAGCGAAUAAAUCUAGGCGAUAACAAGUACAGAAAUGGGAUUACAGCUUGCAGUUUUUUGAUAGGAUAUGGAAUUCUGGUUGCUGUCUGGAUGUUUACCCUUCGCUCGGUGCGUUUUCUUAUCUUGAGGAAGGGAGGUCAAAGCGUUUCCUUUGUGACCUACGGACCUUUCAACCGCAAUCGUAUUAUGACAGUGCCCCUCAAAUGUGUUUCCGCCGAGGAAUCACGGAAUUUAGCCAGAGUGCAACUGCCCAUUAAGGUCAAAGGGAAAACCCUCUACUAUGUUCUGGAUAUGCGGGGAGAGUUCCGGAAUGCCCAAUUGUUCGAUUAUACGGCGGGAUUAAAGCGCCGCAUUUAAAAACGUUCUUCAAGUAGUUGUGUUAUUUUGUAACUUAUUAUUUGUAAAUAAAAAUGUACACUACUUAAAAUAAAA